AUGACGAAGACCAACGGUCAGAACGCAGCUCGUAAGCUGGUGCGCCUGCGCUGCCGCAACCGCUGGGCCGACAAGGGCUGGAAGCGCGCGCACACCUUCUCGGCCAGGAAGGCGAACCCCUUUGGUGGGUCGUCGCACGCCAAGGGUAUCGUGCUGGAGAAGAUCGGCGUCGGCGCCAAGCAGCCUAACUCCGCCAUUCGUAAGUGUGUGCGUGUGCAGCUGAUCAAGAACGACAAGAAGAUCAUCGCGUUCGUGCCGAACGAUGGCUGCCUUCACUUCAUCGAGGAGAACGACGAGGUGCUGGUGUCUGGUUUCGGCCGUUCUGGCCACGCGGUCGGUGAUAUUCCCGGCGUCCGCUUCAAGAUCGUGAAGGUGUCGAACGUCGGCCUGUACGCCCUGUACCGGCAGAAGAAGGAGAAGCCGCGUAACUAG